AUGAUGAAAGUUGCUUUUGCUUUUCGUCCAUUUCCGGCCAGUUACAAACCAACAUGUGAUGCGACUUUACCUGCUUCACCUUCUUGGCAUCAUCCUUUACAAACAUCUUCAUCUAUUCCAUAUAUAAGUACUUAUCAACGACAUGCAACUACAAUUCAUGUUAAUGGUGUACCAUAUACAGUCAUGCGUUUACUUGGUGAAGGACUUCAUAGUCGAGUGUAUGCCGCUUAUGAUUCUCGAACAAAUAAAUCCGUAGCAAUUAAAGUUGUUCAAAAUAUUGAUCCAGUUGAUAGACAUGAAAAUUCGAAAAUGUUUUUUAAAGAAAUACGUUAUUUAACAAAAUUACAACCACGUAAUCCAUAUGUUAUUCGUGUUUAUAAUCAUGAAUAUGAUACGAAAACACAAACGGGUAAAAUUGUUAUGGAAAGUGGACAUGAUUUUCGUUUUAUGUUACCAUUACAAGUUUCACCGAAACAAAAAAAAAUGUCUAUACCACAAGCGAAAUAUUAUUGGUCUCAAAUGGUUGAAGCUGUUGCAAUAUUACAUCGAAAUGGAAUUGUUCAUUCAGAUAUUAAACCGGAAAAUUUUAUAAUGACAUCCGGUGAUCAACUUCGUAUUAUUGAUUUAGGUCUUUCUUUUCGUAUUUCACCAUCGCAAACAUCAAUAUUAAGACCAUUUGCAGGUACACCUGAAUAUAUGCCACCAGAAGUAUGUCAGAUACAAAAUGGUCGUUAUUCUCGUCAAGGUCGUGCAUCAGAUAUAUGGGCACUUGGUGUUCUUCUUUUUGAAAUGGUCUUUGGUUAUCGACCAUUCGAACAUAUACAAGAUAAUUUUGAUAAAAUGUCAUAUAUUGCCCGACUAACACAAAGUCCAGUCAUUCCAUCAACAAACAAUUCUCAUCUACGUGAUAUUCUUCAGCAAUGUUUGCAAAUAAAUCCAAUUGAUCGUCCUAGUGCUCAACAAUUAUUACAACAUCCUUUUCUUAAUAUUUAA